AAUUGAAACACCAAUUCCUAGUAAUUUUUCCUUCUUCUUUUCUUAUAGAUCUCAGAAUAUAAAUUCAUAAAAAAUCUCAUAUCCCUUUUUUUCCCCCUUUUGGUUUAAAAAAAAUGGCUUCAAUUUCUUCAAGUCCUAGAAGUGUAGAAGAGAUCUAUAAAGAUUAUAGUUCUCGUCGUGCUGGAAUAGUUCGUGCUUUAACUUAUGAUGUGGAUGAAUUUUAUAAUCUUUGUGAUCCAGAGAAGGAAAAUUUGUGUCUGUAUGGACAUCCAAAUGAAACUUGGGAAGUGAACCUUCCUGCGGAGGAAGUUCCACCUGAGCUGCCAGAGCCAGCACUUGGGAUAAAUUUUGCGAGGGAUGGAAUGAAUCGUAGAGAUUGGCUUUCCCUUGUUGCUGUUCACAGUGAUUGUUGGUUGCUUUCUGUGUCUUUCUACUUUGGAUCUCGUCUUAACCGAAAUGAAAGGAAGCGUCUAUUCAGCUUAAUCAAUGAUGUGCCCACUGUCUUUGAAGUUAUGACAGAAAGAAAGCCAAUUAAAGAUAAGCCCAGUGCAGAUAGUGGGAGCAGAUCACGUGGUAGUAGCAUAAAGAGAUCUAGUGAUGGUCAGGCCAAAGCACCCCAAAGCACCCCAAAGGUGGCAGAUGAAAGUUACGAGGAGGAUGAAGAAGAACACGGGGAAACACUCUGUGGAAGCUGUGGUGGGAAUUACAGUGCUGAUGAAUUUUGGAUUGGUUGCGACAUUUGUGAGAAGUGGUACCAUGGCAAAUGUGUUAAGAUAACACCUGCUAAAGCUGAGAGUAUAAAGCAAUACAAAUGCCCAUCUUGUACCUUGAAGCGGCCCAGACAGUAGGGGGAGAGCGAGCGGGGUCAUAAAUCUUUUUCUGGCAUUAACAGAGUAGUACAGCAAUAUUACCCUUGUAAUGGACAUGCUAGCUAUUGUAAUUUUUCUUUACCUAUAUAUGCUCAAAAAGGGGAUGAAGUUUCUCUUCUUUCCUUAAUCCAUCUCCAGAUAUUUAACACAAUCCCAAUAUAUAGAAGGUCUGUUGAUUUACUCUA